AUGUCGACCCAAACUUCACACUUCCUUCGACUCCCUGUUGAACUUCGCCUCAUCAUCUUUGAAUACAUCUUCAGUGACCCUAAAGAGGCAGUCCUCCGCCACUCUCUCACCUACGUCUCGGAUCAAGUUAGCGAAGAGGUCAUGCCUGUCUUGUUGCGUCGGUUCUCGGCCUUCUUCUGGACAGCGAUUUCUUGCGAUGAGGAGUGGUAUCUUGCCAUAAAGCCUCGCGACAAGAUAUGGCGAAUGCGAUUGACAAACGUCAGCGAGUGGCCCCUGAGCACAGUGCCCACUCUUCACACGACAUUCAGCUUUCAUGUGCUCGUAGGUCGUCGAAUAUCCACCAGUGACGAUCUUAUCGACAGGCUAGACAAGGGCUAUGUGGCCUAUGCGUGCGAUCAUCGAUUGGAGGACGAUGACCAGCAGGAUGGUGUCAAGCGACUCAUCAAAGAUAUUGCUGACAAUUGCCAUGAGUAUGGUGGUCUGGAUAUUUGGAUCGAGAGAGGCAGAGCAGGGGCUCCUGAGAUGAACAUGAAAUUGACCAAACAAGUCUGGCGACAAGAGUGGAUCGGAGGAGGACGACGAGGACCCUUGAUGGCACAGAUGUGCAAACUGAACCUUGAUGUGAGCAAGACUGGACGUCAGAGCUGA